GAGGCAGAACAUGGCGGACGGCAGCGGUGCGGCCAAGCGGCCCCGAGGCGUGCAGGCCGAGGACCGGAGGGUGGACUGGCGGCGGUGGAAGCAGGAGAGGAAAGCCGAGAAGAAGAAAUGGAAGGAAAUGAAGCUGCUGAAGAAGCUGGAGAAGCAGCGGAUGCGGGAGCUGGAGGAGAAACGGGCCGAGGAGCGAGAGGAGCAGCAGGAGGACAGAGGGCGGCACUACACGCUGAGCGUGGCCCUGCCGGGCUCCAUCCUCAACAACGCGCAGUCGCUGGAGCUGCGGACAUACCUCGCGGGACAGAUUGCUCGGGCCUGUGCCAUCUUCUGCGUGGACGAGAUCGUGGUGUUCGACGAGCACGGAGAAGAUGUGAAGAGCGUGGAGGGGGACUUUGAAGGAAUUGGAAGGAGAGGCAAGGCUUGUGUGCAGCUGGCUCGGAUCCUGCAGUACUUGGAGUGCCCUCAGUACUUGAGGAAAUCCUUUUUCCCAAAGCAUGAGGAUCUGCAGUUUGCAGGGCUGCUCAACCCCCUGGACAGCCCCCACCACAUGCGGGUGGAUGAGGACUCGGAAUACCGGGAAGGUGUGGUGUUGGAUCGGCCAACCAAGGCGGGCAGAGGCUCUUUUGUUAACUGUGGGAUGAGGAAGGAGGUGCAGAUCGACAAACAGCUGAACCCUGGCCUGCGAGUCACUGUGCGCCUGGAGGAGCCCCAGAAACCAGAAGCUAAAGUGCGGAAAGGCACCGUGGUGUCCUCACAGCACCCUCGGACGGUCUCGGGCUUGUACUGGGGUUACAGCGUCCGCCUUGCCUCCUGCCUGAGUGCUGUGUUUUCAGAGUGCCCAUUCAAGGAAGGCUACGAUCUCUCCAUCGGGACCUCAGAGCGGGGCAGCUCCGUGGAUGAGGCCACUCUCCCUUCCUUCAGACAUGCCCUUGUCGUGUUUGGAGGUCUGGAGGGCUUGGAAGCUGGGGUUGACGUGGACCCAAACCUGGAGGUCACUGACCCCAGCGUCCUGUUUGACUUCUACCUGAACACGUGUCCCAGCCAGGGCAGCAGAACCAUCCGGACAGAGGAAGCUCUGCUCAUCUCCCUGUCUGCGCUGAGGCCCCACAUUGAUGAGGCUGUGAAGACACCAGUGCCAGCUGAGGGCAGGGAAACCACAGACCCUGCUGGCAGCUGAGGACCGCCUGGGGCAGAGGCUGUUGAGAUGUGGGGUGCUGGGCAUGUCACUCUGAGAGCCUGCGGGGGAGCCAAGGCACCGUGACUGAAGCUGGAGGUGCUGCUGUUGGGAGCAGCAAGUCUGCAUCCUCCUACCUGUAGGGUCCUACCAAGGGCUGGUUGCUGCCCUUCCACAGCUGAGAGGAGCCUGGCAGCAGGAUCUCAGCCAUUCAGACAUCUGGGGUGGGGAAUAAAGCAAUAUGGAACCUCA